GGGUCAAAAAGCACUCUAAAGUGCGUUUAAUAUCAAUUUAAACUAUAAUACAUUUUGAUUUUACUGCAGUUAACAUGUAAUUAAAGUAAAUAUCGCUUGUGAAGAGAAUAUUUUUGCAUUUAGUAUUAUACUAACAUUUGAUAUUAACAGGCUCUUGACAUUAACAUACCUCUCCUAAUGAUGUUAUCAAAAAGAAGAGAGACGAGAAAGAGCAAAAGUUAAUAAGUGGCACAGGAAAAAUGCCAGCAAGUGAAAUAAUGUAUUUUCAAUACAGACCUCUCAGGAUUCCAUAUUUGGAAAAUGUGCAGUUUAAAAGGGUAACAUCUGAAUCAUUGGUUCCACUGAUAUCAUUUGUCCACAAUCUGCUGCAGCGUAUUCAGACAGCUCAGGAAAACCUUCAAGAAAAGAUUAUUCUUGUGGUAGGUGCUGCUAUUAUCUUCUGUGUUCUAUCUAUCUAUCUAUCUAUCUAUCUAUCUGUCUGUCUGUCUGUCUGUCUGUCUGUCUGUCUGUCUAUCUAUCUAUCUAUCUAUCUAUCUAUCUAUCUAUCUAUCUAUCUAUCUAUCUAUCUAUCUAUCUAUCUAUCUAUCAUGAUACAUAGAUAGAUCAAAUAUUGUGUGUCCACAUUUUUAAUACAAUAUAGAUGUACACCCACAUAAAAAUGUCAGGGAAAAAUAAUUUUUUAUUCAUGUGCCACUAGGUGGCAGCACAUGCAAACAUUUUCCCUCAUCGGUACUGUAGAAGGAUUUCCUUUGGUUGGCAUUUUAAAACCUUGUUGAUGUAAUUAUGUCCCUGUCAUUCAUGAUCAUUUUAACAUAAACUUUCAUCAGUGGAACCACCAUCUGUAUACCUUCUCACUACUUCCAUUCCAAAGGUAUUUUAUAUUUUAUUUUUAUUUAUUUAUUCACAGAAGUGACAUUUAUUGUGGAGUAUUGACAUCAUAUGUUCCUGUGUGUAAUUCCAAGCCAAAACAUUUGUCUAUUAUGUUUUUAAGAUUAAAUUGUUUUAACAGCAUCAUACAGGGACAAAAUAUGCUUGUUGCUUGUAAUAUCAUUAAUAAUUCAGUGCAGGUUCUUCUCCUCUUCCCCUGUUUCAGUAGAUGAUUGUGUGUUUUUGGGAACAUGUCCAGAUCAGCCACUGGCUCUCCAGGCUUUGGCCCACAGUCGUCCUUAAGGAAUAUGGCCACAUGCUUUUACAGACACCAUUUGUGAGAAAAUGUAUUCCAGGGCACAACUCAGAAGUGACACUCUGUUGGGUGAUUUGCCAAAAGAAGCUCCCGUUUCUUCGCAAUCCAACCCAUAACCCCAAUGACACACACACACACACACACACACACACACACACACACACACACACACACACAAAACUAUUUUAUUUCAUUAAAGUUGCAUGAAAACGAAGUUACGAUAGUCUUUUCUUCGCUAUUGUGACGUAAAUCUGAGUGAAACGGCUUCUCGAACAAGAAAAAAUGUAGGGCGGGGCUUGAUUUUGUCCACUGGGAAUUGAUUGGAUGGUGAUCUCACGUGACUGACAGCUUGUCUUAAGGAGAAGAGAAGAGAUGUCGGAGAGAAAGGAAGUCAUUUUGAUUAAAGAAUACGAGGGUACAUGAAUUUAAAAAAAAAAAAAAAAAAAGUGCAUGUAAAAAUAAUUUAUAAUAAACAUAGCAAUAUUCCAUAAAAACAAGAACUGUCAUUUCGUGUCAUCCAUAUCCCUCAAUAGAUCCAAAAUAUGCUAUCUUUCUUUCUUUCUUUCUUUCUUUCUUUCUUUCUUUCUUUCUUUCUUUCUUUCUUUCUAAUCCCUAAAUUAAUCUUCUCCAUAAUUAAUUGUAUUAUAUUAAUAUCGGCUUAUUGUUUUUUAUUUUAUGUUUUUAUUUUGUAUUGUUUAUAAUACUACAUUUUAUUAAUUUAUUUAGACUAGACUAGAGUAAAGCGAUAUUCACCUAUCAAGGAAAACGAGGACAGUGCUGCGCGUAAGGGGAGGCGGGAGCGGGCGCCAUGACAACGCCCUCAAACCAAUAACGUAAAGCGAUGAAGGACGUCGUAAAUACUGCCUGGUCGAUGUUGGAAAGAGUCGGUCGCUUUGGAUCGUUAUUAGUGCUGGAGAUCAGCAGCAGCAGUGUGUGUGUGUGUGUGUGUGGAGACCGUGCUCGAUCAAACUCUUGCUCUCAGUAGAUCGGGAUAAGAUUCAGAAGUCUUGCACAUAUAAACGACUGAUUCAUAUAAGAGAUUGAGAAUUAGAGGCUUGACCACUGUUUUUGUCUCUCGCUAGGUUGCUAACUGGCUGAUCUCCUAAUGGAAAGAGCAUCUGAGUUUGUCUGAUGUGAGUAUGUGAGCCGCUGAGCGUCUGGGAUACAAUGUUUUUGGUUUGUCUUUUAUCGGAGCGUUUCACGCGCGCUACAGAGUAACAGCAGCGCGAGCGCUCCAGCCUGAACAAUGAUUCAGAGUAACCGAUCCAGAGACUCGCUCCUGCAGGACUGACUGAAGAAACUCUCUCAGGCAAGCUUUUAAGUGCAUUGGCAUGGUGCACUCCAGAGCAAUGGCUAUGAGAAUGUCUUAGCCCAGCGAGCACUUGCAAGGGGGGACUCUGCUUGUUUCUCCCCCUAUGGGAAGUCCAGGUGAUGAGUCAGCACCAGUGAUGGGGAUCCAUUGAGUCCUGUCCCUGACACAAUUCAUUGCCCUUUCCCCCUUUACCCUUUACCCCUGCCCUGCCUGGCCAGUGCACGAACAUGCUGCGCUUCCUCCCUCUCAAGCUUGGCCGUUUGUACCGGUGUCUGAAGCUUCUCUUUGUCGUGGGGCUGUUUGUCAUCUUGCUGAUGAACACGCACAACCUCUUUGCCUCCUUCCAAAAGAACGAACUCACCGACCGAAGGUUCAUCAACCUCAACAAGUGCCCAGCCUGCUUUGGCACCAGUUGGUGUCGCAAGUUCAUGAAUGGACAAAUAUCUUUCGAGACAUGGGGUCGCCUUCGCUUCCUGGAUGUCUUCAAUGUGAAAAACGUUUUCUUCGCCCAGUACGGGGAGCCUCGUGAGGGUACGCGGAGGAUUGUACUCAAGCGGUUGGGUUCCAACCAAGAACUUACCGAUAUUGACCAGAAGAUUUGCAAGCGGGCAACAGGUCGGCCUCGUUGCGAUCUCAUCCAGGCCAUGUACAAGACUGAGUUUGCCCGACUUAAUGGGGAUGUCAGACUCCUAACUCCAGACGUUGUGGAAGGCUGGUCAGAUCUUGUUCAUUGUCCCUCCCAAAGACUGCUGGACAGAAUAGUCAGGAGGUACGCUGAGACAAAGGACUCUGGAAGCUUCCUUCUCAAGAACCUUAAAGACACAGAACGGAUGCAGCUGUUGAUGACCUUGGCUUUCAAUCCGGAGCCCCUAGUGCUUCAGAGUUUCCCUUCAGACGAAGGCUGGCCGUUUGCGAAGUACCUGGGCGCUUGCGGGCGAAUGGUGGCAGUGAACUACGUGGGCGAGGAGCUGUGGAGUUUCUUCAAUGCUCCCUGGGAAAAGAGAGUAGACCUGGCCAAGCAGCUGAUGGACAUUGCCGAGCAGCUUACCAACAACGACUUCGAUUUUGCUCUCUACCUGCUGGACGUCAGCUUCGAUAACUUCGCUGUGGGCCCGCGGGACGGGAAGGUCAUUGUGGUGGAUGCGGAGAAUGUUGUGGUGGCCGACAAGAGGCUGAUCAAACAGAAUAAGCCCGAGAACUACGACGUCUGGUACGAGAGCAAGUUUGAGGAGUGCGACAAGGAGGCCUGUCUUUCCUUCUCUAAAGACAUGUUGUGUUCACGGGUCACAGUGGACCACAACUAUUACGCCAUCUGUCAAAACCUGCUUUCACGAUAUGCUACGUGGCGGGGCAGCUCCGGUGGACUUCUUCACGACCCCCCGCCACACAUAGCCAAAGACGGCCAGCUUGAAGCCCUGUUGGACGAGUGCGCCAACCCCAAAAAGCGGUACGGCCGCUUCCAGGCAGCUAAAGAACUGCGCGAUUACUUAACCCAGCUAAGCGGUACCGCUAGGUAAUGACCGUCCAUGCCUGUCAAUGCUCAACGUUCACUCAUCAAUGUCCGAUGAUGUCUUCAGGGUUUGGGGAUCCCCAUUAGACUUGCGACAAAAGGUCUCUCUGUAACUCAAUUUCAGACCAAUCGUCCAUCACUACAAUCUGUUGUGUGUACAUUUUGUUUCUCUUACAUUAAUCUUUAAAUUAUUGAAAUGUCUUUGGUUCAUUGCUUUUAUUCAAUGGUUUAUUUUGCAAUAAAGGCAGCGGUGACACUGGGAAAGGCAGCUUGGGAAGCAUUAACUGUGUCCAAAACUUUUUAGUGAACGUCUUCUGCCUAAUUGAUUCACUUACAUUCCAGGAAGAAUGAGUUUGGCACAAAGCAUAAUUUUAAGAUGGUAGAGAGGAUGUGGAAAUCUGUACAUAAUUAGAGCAGAUUGGAGGGGAAAUGAGUUGGAAUUGCUUUGCAUAUACCAAAGAGUCUGAUUCAAUGUAACUCAAACCUCUGAACUAAAAGGCAGAGCCUUUCGCUAAAAAUUUAGCAUAGUCAAACCGCCAGAAUUACCCCAGAGUGGAUUCAUGAAUGUGGUUAGACUUGUUACAAAGAUUUGUGUUUGUAUUAAUCAAGCAAAAGUCCAGAGAGGGCCACAAUGAAUCCAAAUUACGUGGCACUAUUAAAUCAGAGAGGUCCUGGUCCCUAAUUGGCCGUUAACUAUAAAUAAUGUACCGGCACAUGGCGAGAUGCAGCGCUAUCAAACUCCUCGACGUGUGAACAUGCAUCUGGAACUUUCUAUCUUUAAAAUCCAUCUUAACAUUUCAAUUUCACAGCUCUGCAAUUGAAUUAAUCAAAAUUUAAUUAAACGUCUCUAACACUUAAGAUCAUUUAACUUUGAGCCAUCCGCCUGCUGUUUUUUCCCCUCUCUGGUUUGAUUUUGCACUUGGUGGACCAAUGAAUUAGAUCAGUAUGCUAAUGAGUAUGCGUUAGAUAAUGAAGUACGCUAGCGCUUGACUGACAGCAUCACUCCAUUGAGCCUGGAUUUUGAAAGCUAGCUAAUCACUUUCAACUUGAUGCUUUUGCCAGAGCAAAUGAAUGAAAUGAAUUAAGAUUUUAAUCUUUUUAUUUCCAUGUUUGAGUUCUGGCCGGUCAGGCCCUGAAGAGUCAAAGCAAUAAGUGUCGAUCAGCCAUUAUCACUGAAGAUCCCUCUGCUCUUGUCAAAUCUAAACCGGUGACCGGAUGGCCUCUUUGGAUGUUGGCACGUGAGAGAUUUUUUUGCGUGCAUAAGUAACUGUCAGCUUUUGUACUGUACUUCUGUUUCAGUUGAGUAUUAUAUCAGCUGUGUCUGAUUUUACUGUGCCUUUCAUUCAGGAGUUGUAUUUACAACUUUUUAGUCUGUUUAAAUAUUAAAUAAAUGAGUAUAUAUAUCUCUCUAUCUCUCUA